GGUUCGACCGCCGACGAAACACGAGCGGAGAAGUACACGAGCCGUGCCACAGAAAUUAAUAAAUUUGUGAAAAAUGUCGCUGAUCUCCGCUCGUUUGGCCUCUUCUGUGGCCAGGCGUUUACCAAAUGCCGCGACACAGGUGUCGAAGGUCGCGGUGCCCGCGAUGGCGGUUGCCUCGCGCAAGCUGCACAUCUCGGCACCGAACCGGGCUGCCGAAAUAUCCACCAUCCUGGAGGAGAGAAUCCUCGGUUCCGCACCCAAGGCUGACUUGGAGGAGACUGGCCGCGUGCUAAGUAUUGGUGACGGUAUUGCCCGUGUCUAUGGUCUGAAGAACAUCCAGGCUGAGGAGAUGGUGGAAUUCUCCUCUGGUCUCAAGGGUAUGGCCCUCAACUUGGAGCCUGACAACGUAGGUGUGGUAGUAUUUGGUAAUGACAAGCUCAUCAAGGAAGGAGACAUUGUCAAGCGUACUGGUGCCAUCGUAGAUGUGCCUGUGGGUGAAGAGAUCUUGGGCCGCGUCGUUGACGCUCUGGGCAACGCCAUUGACGGCAAGGGACCGAUCAACACCAAGACCCGUAUGCGAGUCGGUAUCAAAGCCCCGGGUAUCAUCCCCCGUGUAUCUGUGCGCGAGCCAAUGCAGACUGGUAUCAAGGCCGUGGACUCCCUGGUACCUAUCGGUCGUGGUCAACGUGAGCUGAUCAUCGGCGAUCGUCAGACCGGCAAGACUGCGCUGGCCAUCGAUACUAUCAUCAACCAGCAACGGUUCAAUCAGGGCCAGGACGAGAAGAAGAAGCUGUACUGCAUCUACGUCGCUAUCGGACAGAAGAGGUCCACUGUCGCUCAGAUCGUGAAAAGGCUGACUGACGCUGGCGCCAUCGGCUACACCAUCAUUGUGUCCGCGACGGCUUCCGAUGCUGCGCCGCUGCAAUACCUGGCGCCAUAUUCGGGCUGCGCCAUGGGCGAAUUCUUCCGUGACAACGGCAAGCACGCCCUUAUCAUCUACGAUGACUUGUCGAAGCAAGCUGUAGCCUACCGUCAAAUGUCCCUGCUACUGCGUCGUCCCCCGGGUCGCGAGGCGUACCCUGGUGAUGUAUUUUACCUCCACUCCCGUCUGCUUGAGCGUGCCGCCAAGAUGUCCGACAAAAUGGGCGGUGGCUCCCUGACGGCUCUGCCAGUAAUCGAGACGCAGGCCGGUGACGUGUCCGCGUACAUUCCCACCAAUGUAAUUUCCAUCACUGACGGACAGAUCUUCUUGGAGACCGAGUUGUUCUACAAGGGCAUCCGGCCAGCCAUCAACGUCGGUCUCUCUGUGUCGCGUGUAGGAUCCGCUGCCCAGACCAAGGCCAUGAAGCAGGUGGCAGGUUCCAUGAAGCUGGAAUUGGCCCAGUACCGUGAGGUAGCCGCCUUCGCUCAGUUCGGCUCUGAUCUGGACGCUGCUACUCAGCAGCUGCUGAACCGUGGUCAGCGUUUGACUGAGCUGCUGAAGCAAGGACAAUAUGUGCCCAUGGCUAUUGAGGAGCAGGUCGCCAUCAUCUACUGCGGUGUCCGUGGUCACUUGGACAAACUGGACCCCAGCAAGAUCACUUCCUUCGAGAAGGAGUUCACAGCGCACAUCAAGACCAGCCACCAGGGCCUGCUCUCCACCAUCGCAAAGGACGGCCAGAUCACCAAGGAAUCCGAUGAGGCACUGAAGAAGAUCGUCACCGACUUCAUCGCGACCUACUCGGCCUCGUCUUAAAUGACGUUUUUUGACGUUCUAAUUUGACGCAGAACUGUACCAUAUAUAAGUCGAAAAUGCCCCGUUAAUAAUUAUGCAUUCAGAUGCAUGCAAAUAAAGGAUGAUACGAAUUUCCUAAGAGUAAUCAGUAUAAGUAC